AUGCCCCGGCAGCUGUUUUAUUCCGCGGUGCUGCUCCUCUGCGUACUGUCGAUGUGCGGCAGCGGCAGUGGGGCUGCUGAGGAGGCGGAGAGAAAGUCCAAAAAUUCCAUUUUUUGCUGGAAGGAAAUCAAAGCUGAAGCUGUGGAGAGGCGUGUCUCGCUGCGCGCCCCUGUUCUGUUGAAUGUGGGGAAUGAAUUAUUUUUCAUUGCUGAAGCGCACCACAAGAGUGGCGCUGGCGUUGAUGUUGUUACCGGCAUCGUAUCUCACUCCCUCACUGUAACCGCUGGCGUUGCGGAAGAGGCGUUGGGUGGUGCUGGUCAGUGGAAGGCACAGAAUUUGUGCAACUGCAGCACGGAGGAGAGGAUGGCACAUGUGAACCAACCAACGGCGGUUGUGAGUGGCAGUGAUAUUUACAUGCUUCUGGGAAACUAUAGCAGUUUGCCGUCUGAAGCGACGGAACCCGCCUGGAGGAUUCUGCUGGUGAAAGGGAGUUUGACUACAGCUGAAAGUGCAAAGAAAACAGUUGAAUGGGGUGAUACCUACCUACUGAGCCGUAUCUCUCCACUUGAAAAACACAAAUCCCUGUCACGGCUGACUGGUGGCGGAGGGAUCGGGUGUUGUGGUGAAGGGAAGUACGCUUGUCUUCCCGGUGCAGGCCACAAAGAAGGAGGAGAGGAAGGGGGAGGGUACCUCAGCCGGAAAGACCGUCUCGCUGAUCAUGCACUCCAGUGA